GUGAUUCCCGAACGCUCUCCCAUAUUUGGCCGCAUACCUGGCAAAGUACAGUAGGGCUUCAUUGCUUAUAAUUCAUGAUUGCAUCCAUAAAUCGUGCAAGCACACAGGAUUAUAGCGACAAAGAUCUACAAAUCGAGGCUUUAAAAAUCCAAGCAAAUGAGCUCGUACUUUGUAAACUCGUUCUCAGGGCGCUAUCCAAAUGGCUCCGACUAUCAGUUACUAAAUUAUGGGACUAACGGCGCUGUGAGCGGUUCCUUCAGAGACCCUGGCACCAUGCACUCCGGGUCUUUCGGCUACAACUACAAUGGCAUGGACCUAACCGUGAACCGCACCAACACCGGCGGCCACUUCGGCGCCGUGCGCGAGGAUGCCCGAGGAUUCGGGCCGGACGCCCGCUACAGACAGACGCCCACUUGCUCGCUCUCGUCCCCGGAUCCGGUGCCGCCGUCGUGCGCCACGGCCGGCCGGGAGCCGCUGGAACUAAAAAGCGCCUCCUCUCCUCCCUCUGACCGGAGCGCGACCUCGGGCGCCAGCGGUCUCAACAAAAGCGGCGGCGCUCAUUUCACGGAGAUAGAGGACGCCACCGUCGCCUCUGAGACCGAGGAGGGCGCGCACAGCAGCGGCGGCGGAGGCGGCGGCGGCGGCUCCGGUACGGCACCGAGGGCGCAGCAGCAGCAGCAGCAGCAGCAGGAACCCAACGCCACCUCCUCCACUCCCACGUCAAACGACUGCCAAACGCCACAAAUAUUCCCCUGGAUGCGGAAACUGCACAUAAGCCAUGAUAUGACUGGACCUGAUGGGAAAAGGGCCCGAACUGCGUACACCCGCUACCAGACGCUAGAGCUGGAGAAAGAGUUUCACUUCAAUAGGUACCUAACCAGACGGCGGAGGAUAGAGAUAGCCCACGCCCUGUGUCUUUCCGAAAGACAGAUCAAAAUCUGGUUUCAGAACCGCAGGAUGAAGUGGAAGAAGGACAAUAAACUGAAAAGCAUGAGCCUUGUAACGGGGGGCAGCGCCUUCCACAACUGAACAACUUUUUCUUUUCCUCCUGUGUGUGUGCGUGCGGGGAGGGCAGAGUAAAAAUAAUAAUGAGAAUAAAUAUUAAAAAAGAAGAAAAAAGGAAGAAAUCAUUGAGUACUGUAAAGCUAUUGAAAGCGCAGCACCUUCCAGCAUG